AGCUUAGGGAAACGGCCUGCUGGGGGUGUUGCUGCUUCUGGUGUGUGGGGUGUGGUGGUUCUGCUUGAUACAAGAAACCCGAGGAGUCUACCUAGAGUCUAACUGUGAUCUCUCAGGUUGUUGAGAUAAAGGAAGUAGAAGUUCGCUAGCUUCUGACGCUGCUCUGGGAUUGCAGCUGCCACUAGUAGCAGUCCGUGAUGGCGGCCUCAGCCUCCCUCUCGAUGGCGUCUCGCGCGGCCUUCGUUGCCAAGGCCAAUGACGCUCUCAAGCUCGGGAGUCCAGUUGCUGCUCAGAGCGCUCCCUUCCUGCCUCUCCGAUCUCGCACCCACAAUCUGAGGAAGCCUUCCGUUGGCCUGAAGCCCAAGGCCUGCAGGCUAGUGAAGACCUCAGCAGCCGUCGCCGCUCCCGUCUCCAGCCCUCUCUCGGAUCCCCAAGAGAGGGAGCGACUGGCUGAGGAGUAUGGCUUCCGACAGAUCGGCGAGCCGAUGCCCGACGAUAUCACUCUCAAGCAAGUCAUCGACUCGAUCCCGGCCGAGGCGUUUGAGAUCAACGAGUGGAAGGCGUGGAAGACGGUUUUCCUAACCCUCGCCGCCAUGGCGAUUGGAGAGGUGGCGAUCUACUAUUCGCCGUGGUAUCUUCUGCCGCUCGCCUGGGCCUGGACCGGCACCGCCUUCACCGGGUUCUUCGUGGUUGGUCACGACUGCGCGCACAAGGCGUUUUCGAAGAACAAGCUGGUGGAGGACAUCGUGGGCACCGUCAUGAUGGCGCCGCUCAUCUACCCGUACGAGCCCUGGAGAUUCAAGCACGACCGCCACCACGCCAAGACCAACAUGCUGGUGGAGGACACGGCGUGGCAUCCCAUGAUCCCGGGCAUGUACAAGAGGAUGAGCCCCGUCGGCCGCGCACUCAUGCAGACGUUUAUGGGCCCGCUCCGAUUCCUCGCCUCCAUCGGUCACUGGUGGAUUUACCACUUCGACCUAGAGAAGUUCCGGCCAAGCGAGGUGCCACGUGUCAAGGUGUCGCUCGCCGCUGUCACUGCCUUCGCGGUGAUUGGCUUCCCUCUCAUCAUCGCCAACUUCGGCAUCGACGGCUGGUUCAAGCUCUGGCUCAUGCCGUGGCUCGGCUUCCACUUCUGGAUGAGCACCUUCACCAUGGUGCACCACACCGCUCCCCACAUCCCUUUUAAGAAGCAAUCCGAGUGGAACGCUGCCCAAGCUCAACUCGGCGGCACUGUGCACUGCGACUACCCGUCCUGGAUUGAGGUUCUGUGCCACGACAUCAACGUGCACAUCCCUCACCACGUGUCCCAAAAGAUCCCCUCCUACAACCUGCGGCUGGCCAAUGAUUCACUCAGGAAGAACUGGGGCAAGUACAUGAAUGAGGCAUCGUGGAACUGGAGGCUGAUGAAGAACAUCUUCGUGGAGUGCCAUGUCUUCGAUAAAGAGAAGAACUACAUUCCCUUUGAUGCUCUUGAGAAGAGCGAGUCUCCAAUCCUUGGCGCCACCAGGAAAAUCAUGCCCAACACUUACACUAAGGGCCAGUGAACAUAGUUCUGGGAGGGGAUUUGUUUGAGGAUGGGUUAGUCAGUAGUUCCCACAUGGAAGCAGAAGUACAGUGCGCUGUCUGCUGCGCUUAAUGAUAAACAUGUGGGGAGUAAGAUGUCCUUGCAUAUGAUUUCUAAUGCAAUGGACGAUUUUUCACAACUGUUUCUGUGGAAAAGCUGUUGGGCAAUUAACAACAUGUCAAACAUGUGUAUUUGUCAUGUUUGUAUAGACUGUAUAGGGUCACCUCUUAGAGAGUACAACACUUAGGUAUAUCUUUGUGUACUCCCACUCUAUCUAUUA